AUGGCUCGAGACCCUACCGUGGAGGUUCCCCCGGAGGAAGUACAUCAUUAUAAUGAUCUUGGCGAGGUGCCGUGGGAUAUUCAAAAUUAUUGGGCGCAGCGCUACAAGAUCUUCUCCAAGUACGAUGAGGGUGUUUGGCUGACAGAUGAUGCCUGGUUUGGUGUCACGCCCGAGCCCGUGGCAAACAAAAUAGCAGAACACAUGGCUCAGUCCGCCCCCGCAGGACGCAGCAUCCUGGUAGAUGCAUUCGCGGGUGCGGGUGGCAACUCCAUCGCUUUCGCACUGUCCGGUAGAUGGAAGCGCGUCUACGCUAUCGAGAAAAAUCCCGCUGUCCUGCAGUGCGCUAAACACAACGCCAAGAUCUACGGCGUGGCGGACAAGAUCACCUGGUUUGAGGGUGAUUGUUUCGAAAUUAUCAAGAAUCAGCUGAAGGAUCUGGCACCGUAUAGUGUCUUGUUUGCUAGUCCGCCGUGGGGUGGCCCCGGGUAUCGCUCCGACGCGGUGUUCAACCUGAGUACUAUGGAGCCGUACUCCCUCGCAAAGCUUUACAAGGAGUAUUCUAUGUUUACGGAACACAUGGUACUCUAUCUUCCUCGGACAUCGGACGUCAAGCAGAUGGCCAAGGUUGUCAAGGAGGGUCAAAAGUCAGUGGUGAUGCAUUACUGCAUGGAAGGUGCUAGCAAGGCGUUGUGUGUUUAUUAUGGUGGAUUUAACCUUGAAUGA